AUGACGGACACUAUUUACACGUCGUCCUACCCGUCUGUCCCUAUUUGUCGUCGUUCUAUCUUCACUCAUCUCCUUGGUGUCUCUCCAUCUUCCCCAGGCACAGUCGGUGGCUUCCCCGCUUCAUCACCCGCAUUCAUAGAUGCUCUUUCCGGUACAACUAUUUCUCGUGGAACAUCUCGCUCAUAUGCUCUUCAGUUAGCAUUCUCUCUUCACAAUCUUCCAUCGCCUUUAGAGAACCGCACCAAGACAGUGCUCAUUCUCUCUCCCAAUUCUAUCACGUGGCCCGUCAUGAUAUUUGGUGUAGUGGCCGCUGGCUUCCGCGCGACGCUUGCAAACAGCGCAUAUACGCCAAAUGAACUAAAGUAUCAAUACAUUGAUGCAGGAGCUCAUCUUGUAUUCGUCCACCCUUCGCUGGAAAUACGGAGUCGUGUCAUCGUAGCUGGGGUUCAGUGGAUCACGGGUACCGAAGACGUAUCUGUUCCAGAUCUGAAAGACCUUGUGGCUAUAACUCAACUACUUGGUCGCGGCGAGCUCAGAGAAGAAGUUAGCUUCAACGGCGAACGGUCAAACGAAACUGUAUAUCUCUGCUACUCCUCUGGCACAACAGGUCAACCAAAGGGUGUCGAGACCACACAUUACAAUCUCAUCUCAGUCCUCGAGAUGCUCAAACCUGUUUGGCCUAAUUCCAAGCCAUGCCUUACCCCGUCCAUCCCUGCACAAGGCGGUGUAGAUGUGCUCUUUGGGUGUCUGCCCUAUUAUCACAUCUAUGGCGGAGUCAAACUUCUCUAUUUGCCGUUAUUCUUAGGUACACCUGCGGUUGUCAUGGCAGGGUUCGACCCCGAUGGCUUCUGCGCCGCUAUCGCAAGAUAUCGCGUGACAGUCAGGCUUCGUUGUCCCUCCGAUGCUAGUACUAUUCAGAAACAUGACCUCACCUCCCUCAAGAUUCUCUUCUCAGGCGCCGCACCCCUCGGCGCUGAGCUUGUCUUGACCGUGAUGAAGCGCAUGAAAGGCAUUGGCGCAGAUGUAAAUAUCCUACAAGGCUAUGGCCUCACAGAAACCUCACCAACGGUAUUCCUCCUUCCUGUUCCUCAUGCCGGCAGUCAUAUUGGGGCGGCAGGAGUACUGCUUCCAAACUUGGAGGUCAGACUUGUUGGCGAAGCUGCAGGCGAAGCACACACAGACAUCCCAGGCGCUGGUGAGGUAUGGGUGAGAGGGCCGACGAUCAUGAAGGGAUACCUAAACAACCCCACUGCAACUGCUGAAGCCAUCACGCCUGAUGGGUGGUUCAAGACUGGUGAUAUCGGCGUGCGGGACAAUGAUGGGUUCUUCACAAUUGUAGACCGGAAAAAGGAAUUGAUCAAAUAUAAGGGCUUCCAAGUUCCUCCCGCUGAGCUGGAGUCAGUGCUGUUACAGCACCCCGAGGUCGCAGACGCGGCCGUCAUUGGGAUUGAGAGUAAGGAGGAAGCAACGGAAUUGCCUCGCGCAUAUAUAACGCCUUCUCGCCCACUUUCCUCCCAAGAAGUGCCUUCAUUCGCACUAGGUAUCCAAAACUGGGUUUCACAGCGUGUGGCGCCACACAAACGACUAAGAGGAGGAGUUGUCAUCAUCGACAAGGUUCCGAAAAGUGCUGCUGGAAAAAUUCUCCGUCGUGAACUUCGCGAGCGCGCGAAGACGGAUGUUGCGGAGGGACAAUUGAAACCUCGCGCGAAGCUCUAGUUCUAGAAUAGGGUAACCUCUGCUUGCAAGAUAAGGCGAAUCUUUGAUACCCAAAGACUUCCCAUCUAUCACUGCUGCCUAUCAACUUACGGAAUCCAUCGAAUAUCUAUUAUGUCUUUCAUUGGUAUUCACUAGUACUGCUGGCGCUCGAAUACCUUAUAAGACUUCGUAUGUAAACUUUCGGCUUGCCAUGCUAAUGACUGGAAACACUUACGAUUAUUUCUUCUG